UAAAUUGUUUGACAUCACUAUUUGACAUUGACAUUAUUGUAGUGUAGUGAUUUGAAUUAAAUACUUACGGCGUGAGGAUGGUUUCCAAAAGAUUUUUCUCACUAUUCAGCUUUAUCCCACUAUAUUUAAUCCUAGGCUAUUUUCAGACUGUUCAAGCAUCCAAAGCGGAGUUUGUGACAUGUGGGACAAUACUGAAACUUAUGAAUACAGAUUUGAAGUUACGACUGCAUUCCCACGACGUGAAGUACGGCUCGGGCUCCGGCCAACAGUCCGUCACAGCUGUAGAUGUGUCUGACGAUCAUAACAGCCACUGGCAAGUGAAAGCAGCAACCGGCGAGACUUGCAAACGCGGAUCACCUAUUAAAUGCAACUCUGUGAUUCGCCUACAACAUGUGGGCACUAAGAAAAACCUACAUUCCCAUUAUUUCACCUCCCCAUUGUCAGGCAACCAGGAGGUUUCAUGCUAUGGAGAUGAUGAUGGUCUUGGAGACAGUGGGGACCAUUGGACUGUCAUAUGUAACAAUGAUUUUUGGAGAAGAGACACCCCUGUCAAGUUGAGACAUGUAGAUACUGCUGCAUUCCUGGCAGGUUCAGGUCGCACCUUUGGCCGGCCUAUCAGCGGCCAGGGGGAAAUAGUUGGUGUUAAUUCACAAUAUGGAGCAUACACUGACUGGCAAGCAAAGGAGGGCCUGUUUGUUCACCCCAGCGACCCUCUGCCCCAUCAACAUGCAAUACAUACUGAAUUAUAAUAGCAAAAUAUAGUCUAAAAAUUUUAUAAGCAACA